AACCCAGAAGACUUCCUUCCUUUUUAUCUUCUUUCUUAGUCUAAGGAAGGAAGGACCCAAAAAAAAAAAAAAAAAAAGAAAAAAAAAAAGAAGGAAAACCGCGUUUGGUUUUGUUCUGAACGAAGAAGAAGAAGAAAAUAAACAACCGCGUUGAGAAUUUUUUUUUUUUUUUUUUUUUCCACAUACAUUUUCUAGUGUAUGACAAUGAAAGACUAUGGUAAUGCAAAAAACAUAGCCCUAUAAGCCUAGAAAAUUUCCACCAUUGCCCUGGAAAUUUUUUUUUUUUUUUUUCAGUUUCAGGAAAAAAGAAAAAAAAGAAACCCUUUUCUUUUUGUUUCUUGAAAAUGGUCAUGAAGACCUUCAGAUUAAGCGCCGUCGUUUUGGUGCUCAUCGGGGUUUGUCUUGUUUCUACGCCAUUAUGUCUGGGAUCUAGAAUGUUUCCGGGAGGAGAGAUCGAAAUCGGCGAAGGGUUUCUUCGAUUCGCUGAAGCGCCGGACUAUCGUAACGGCUACGACUGCGCUGUUUCAACCAAUAGGGAAAAGGCAUCGUCCUGCGACCCAUCACUGGUCCACAUAGCCAUGACUUUGGAUUCAGAGUAUCUCAGGGGUUCCAUAGCCGCCGUACACUCAGUGCUGAAGCACGCCUCUUGCCCAGAAAAUGUCUUCUUCCACUUCAUCGCGGCCGAGUUCGACCCGGUGAGUCCCCGAGUUUUACAGAGACUCGUCCGCUCGACUUUUCCAUCGCUGAGUUUCAAGGUCUACAUAUUCAGGGAAGACAUGGUCAUCAAUCUAAUCUCGUCUUCGAUUCGUCAAGCCCUUGAGAACCCGUUGAACUACGCGAGAAACUACCUGGGUGACAUGCUCGACCCGUGUGUGAACCGGGUCAUCUAUCUGGAUUCCGAUGUGAUCGUCGUCGACGACAUUCGCAAGCUCUGGAAUACCACGCUCACGGGUUCUCGGGUAAUCGGCGCCCCGGAAUACUGCCACGCCAACUUCACCAAGUACUUCACCGACCGGUUCUGGUCCGACCCGGUUCUAUCCCGGGUCUUCUCGACCAGGAGGCCUUGCUACUUCAACACGGGCGUGAUGGUGAUGGAUUUGGUGAGAUGGAGGGAAGGGAAUUACAAGAGGAAGAUCGAGAAUUGGAUGGAGUUGCAGCGGAAGAGAAGGAUUUACGAUCUGGGUUCUCUGCCGCCGUUUCUGCUGGUGUUCGCCGGAAACGUCGAAGCCAUCGACCACCGGUGGAAUCAGCACGGACUUGGCGGAGACAAUGUGAGGGGCAGUUGCAGGUCUCUGCAUCCGGGUCCGGUGAGUUUGCUCCAUUGGAGUGGGAAAGGGAAGCCAUGGGUUAGACUGGAUGCUCGAACGCCUUGUCGUUUAGAUAGCCUUUGGAAGCCGUACGAUCUGUUCAAGCCACAAUACCAUGAGAAUGACAAUGUUGCCGCGGCCAAUGAUCAGCAGCCACUCGGCUUGUCAUCUUUAUCUUUAUCGUCGUUUUCCUCCUCUUCGUUUUCCUCGUUGAUUGGGUAUUCUAGAGUGUUGCUAUGAGUUUUGAUAUUUUAUUCUUUCAUAUAUUAUUUUGUUCCAUUCACAUAUUCUUUUGAUAGAUUUGUAUAGAUUUUUUUUUUUUAAGAAACACAUUAGGAAGGGAUUAGAUUAAUGGGUUUUUUUUUUUUUUGUUUGUAAUUUUUAUUUCCGGAUUCAUUUGUAUUUCUUGAUUUUGAUAUCAGAAUUCUAAAAUUUUUGGGUUCCAAUCUGUGGAACAAUUUUGAUUAGGAUUCAUUUUUCUUUUGUAUGUAAUUUGAGUGAAGAAUAACAUUUGAUUCAAAGUUGUUCUUUGUUCUUUCA